AUGGACAAGCAUAUGCAUUUAUGGAGAGGUGCCGACAAAUUGUCCUUCACGUUCGAUGACAAACCGAAUGGCAUCAUUUGCAAAUUGGUCACCAUCAAGGAUCACAUUUUUGUAACCACCACAACCAACAACCUGUACCAUGGGGAAGUGCCGUCCCAGGAGGACGCUUCUCCCACGCUCGUUUUCAAGAGGGCUCAAUUCGACGUCAUCGACAUAACAUGCAAUUCUGAUUACUUGUUUAUCGUAAAUACAAAUGGGCAUGUUUUGAAAGUAAAUCCUCAGGACAUGAACAUUAUAGAUAAAAUAAUCCUCAAGGAGGAAGUAAGAUACUGUAGUCAUGGAUAUAAGGAAGAAAAUGAAAUAGUGAAGAUCAAAUCUAUAGCGGUUAGUGACCAUGCAGCAUUAUUUGUUACGGAAAAUGGGCAGCUGUGGGCUAGUGGUAAUCAGCCACAGAUAGAUAUAAGUAGUGCAGAACCAAAGAAAGUUAAAUUUUUCGAGGGAAGGAUAGUGUCGGAGAUCGCUUGUGGCUCCAAUUUUAAUGUAGCUACCGUAAGGAAAACCACUAAGCUCAUGAAAGACGAUACAGACAGCGAAAACGAACUGGAGGAGGAAAUCUUUCUUAAUUCUUGCCCGCAAUGUCUCAACAACGUUAUGCUGAGUCCUGGAAGUGUGACAUCGUCGGACACGUGUCUCACUGGUCUUCACGCACAGCAGUUUAGCGAAGAUCGUUCGACAAACUCCAUCAGCGCGCUGUCCACUGCCAGUAAGGAACACAUUUCUCUGCCGGAAAUGGACAAGAAGGAACAAUCCUCCGACAUCGUCGAGAAUGGCGAGGAAUGCCUGAAUAAUUUAACAGAUUCCGAUAAAGAUGAGAAGAAGAACGUUAUGUUCAUAAAUACGGAAACUGCUCGACAAUUUCUGACCCGGCAGCUAUCCUGGGUCUCGUCUUACGGAAGUGCCAAAGAAGAUAUACCCUUGGAGAGCGUUGAUCGAUCGACGAGAUUGAUCAAGCAAAACGUAUCGAACAUGGCGAAUUUGGUGUACGAAGGAGUCAAAAACGUCGGCGGCAAAGUUGUGACUCUAUCUAGACAUAUGAGCGGAAGUUCCGAUAUUAACGAGAGUAAAGCUGAUAGCAACGAAAACCUGGACGAACCGGGAGAUACCUGUACGAAACCUACCGCGACGAAUCUGGCACUAAGCUUACGCUGCGAGGAGUUUCCUUGGUCGUCGAGUACCGGCUCCUCCGAGCACGAAUUGUCCCAGCAGGGCUUAAACGAGAGAAUCAAUGCGCUAUCUCGCGCCGGCAGCAACAUACUGGCGACGGAGCUCUGGACGUGGGGCGACAUGCAAUACGGGCAAUUGGGGACGGGUGACAUCAUUAAACGACCGAGGCCGGUGCUGGUAGCAAAACUUAGCCAUACAGGAAUCAGGAAGAUAUCUUGUGGUGCUUUUCACGUGCUCGCUUUAACACUGGACGGCAGAGUAUUCGCGUGGGGUCGCAACAACUGCAAACAGGUUACCUUGCACUCUACGAUAGACCAAAGCGCGCCGCAGCUAUUCACCACAAAGUUAUCCUCCAAUGAGAGAGCCAUCGAUAUGGCGGCUGGCAAUUUUCAUAGUUUAGUAAUGAUGCAUCACGGUUUAUAUUUCAUGGGGCAAUCGAGUAAAAUUGGGGAUAUGUUUCAACUUGACAUACAAACCAAGGAUGAAUCAUACAGUCCAAGAGAGAUCUUCAGUUCUGGACGAUACAGUUGUUGUUCUGUGAUAAAUGAGCCGGCAAUAAACGUAUCGGAGGAUUUGAUAAAUGACCAGAUCUUUCUGGAAGAGAUGUUGACCGUUUAUCAAAAUCUCAUUAAGCCGUUUCAAAAGAAGAGUGGUGCCACCCAAGAGGCCAAUGUGUACGAGACACUGUGUCGUUGUUACGCGGAGCUGAUGCAUUUUAGUGUCUUAAAUGUCAUAAGUCUGUGGGAUUACUUUAACCAUAUUGGAGAAGCCUAUGAAGUUACAAUUGUUGCCAAUAUAGAAGAAUUUACUACAGCAUAUAAAUACUAUUUAAAUGCUAUCUGCGAUGUUAUAUCUCUCGGUGGUUUUAUGCACAUCGCAAAACUCAUUGAAGUGCCACAAAUAAUAUCAAAUUUAUUCAUAGGUAAUGUAAAGAGUAGCGAUCUAAAAAAGAAUAAUAAUGAAAUUGUUAUAACGAUGGCGUUACAACAUCCUUUAUGUAAACUAAACAGGUAUAAGAAUAUGAUUCACAAUUUGAUAAAAAGCAACGGUACAAGAAUGGGUGUUGAGCGACUGCAGGAAGCUCUUAUAAAAUGGGAACAAGUGCACGAUGAGCAAGAGAAACGUCAGAAGGAGGCGGAGGCCACAAAGUUGUUUUGGGAAAGUUCCGGGAAAUUAGGAGAAUCGCUGAGAUCUCCUAAUAGAAGGCUCAUUAGAGACUCGAGGACUUACCCGUUAUCGAUACUCAACUCCGGCAGGUUUUCGUCUCAUUGGUUUGUUUUGUUGACGGAUAUUUUCAUACACGUUACUGGUGCUGCACACACGGUCCACCCGCUCCAGACACUGUGGGUAGAACCUCUACCGGAUUCUGAAAACAUACAGAAUGCUAUAUCGAUUAUUGCGCCAGAGGACAAUUUCGUAUUAUAUACUCCCACUCCUACCGAGCGCAAUGAAUGGUUACACGCUCUACAAAAUACCAUAAAGUGCAGUUUGCAGCGAGUGAUCGGAAAUGUGCCUCCGUUAGCGCGAUCAAGCUCGUUCACGUUCACGAAACACAACGUUUUUAAGGACGCAACGUACACUGGACGAUGGCUGAAUGGUAAACCGCAUGGUUCCGGAAAAUUGGAAUGGUCGGACGGUCGUGCAUACAUAGGCCAAUUUCACAAGGGCGUAAUUCAUGGUACCGGGAAAAUGGAAAUUUCGACGCAGGGUGUAUACGAGGGUCAGUGGAAGGAUGGUCAGCAAAAUGGAUACGGAACGAUGAAAUACAUUAAUGGAGAUGUUUAUGAAGGAUAUUUUAAGGAUGGCUUACCUCAUGGCCAUGGUGUCAAGAAAGAAGGCCACUUCAUGGCUUCUGUCGCAUCGGUUUACAUUGGAGAAUGGGCCGCUGGUGUCAAGCAAGGCUACGGAAUAAUAGACGAUAUCAUGACAGGUGAAAAAUAUCUUGGAUCAUGGAGUAAUGGUAUGAAGCAUGGCAACGGUUUAAUUGUUACACUUGAUGGUAUUUAUUAUGAAGGUGCUUUUACGCAAGAUGUCCUAAUGGGUUAUGGAGUAAUGGUAUUUGAAGACGGCACACAUUAUGAAGGCGAAUUCAAGUCCGCGGGGAUAUUUUGCGGGAAAGGUACGUUAACAUUCCGAAGUGGUGACAGACUGGAAGGAAACAUGAAUGGUGCAUGGAAUGAAGGUGUCAAAGUCAUGGCUACGUUGCACAUGAAUAAAGCCUGUGGGACUGUUCAAUCUAAUUCAAAGCCAGCAUCUUUCGGAAAACUGUGCGUAUCCCCCGAUCAAAAGUGGAAAGCCAUAUUCAAACAAUGCUAUCAACAACUCGGUGUAUCCGAAUCGCUCACCAAGAGUACCAGUCACAAUGAACGAUCCGUAGAAACGCAGAGGGUCUGGCAGAAUGUGGCUAGCAUAAUAACGAGGUCCCAUCAGAAAACAUUACAACGAAGGAAGCUGUCAAACACUUUAAAGAACCCGAAAGAAAGAAACAGCGAGACGAUCGAUCAGUUGGACAAGAUUCCGUGUUUCGGACGGGAUAAACUCACCAGUCAGACGUACAACGAAGUUCAUAAGUACUUAGUGAAAGCUUUUGAAAGCCCACAUCAUCCGCUGGGCGCUCUUUUGACGGAGGUAGCUGCAGUUUACACAGCUACAUACGGCGGCGUAAGGGUACAUCCGCUACUACUCAGCCAUGCGGUAUCAGAGCUUCACAGUAUUACGACAAGGAUAUACGAGAUCGUGCUUCUUUUGUUCCCGGCUUUACCGCGUUGUAAUAAAGAGUACGUACUCGAAGCUGAUGACAAGGAAAAACAGCAAGUUAUAAGCGCUACUGCAAUACUACAUCCAAUAUUACUGCCACGUGUAUAUUCAGCGCUCUUCGUAUUAUAUGCCUUACACAAUAAAAAGGAGGAUGACGCAUACUGGGAAAGGUUAAUGAAGUGGAAUAAACAACCCGACAUAACGCUAAUGGCUUUCCUCGAAAUUGAUCAGAAAUUCUGGAAGACUACGAAUGUAAUAAACAUCGCGGAUAAUUCACUACCGUAUCAGCACGAGACUUAUUUCAUCGAUGCGAUAGAGACUUUACAGCAACUUAAAACCACCUUCUCGCCUUUAGAAAAGUUGUUAGUGGUCAGAAAUACAUUUGAACAAAUGACACAAGCAGUACAAAAACAACUAGGGUCUACAUAUGCGUGGACAAUGGAUGAACUGUUUCCAGUGUUUAGUUUUGUCGUAGUGCGUGCUAGUGUGCUGCAACUAGGUAGCGAGAUACAUUUUAUCGAAGAUUUUAUGGAACCAUAUUUGCAAAAUGGAGAGCUUGGUAUUAUGUUCACUACUCUUAAGGCAUGUUAUUAUCAAAUAUUACAAGAAAAGACAAACAUGGGUGAUUAAAAUAGAUGCUCCCAUGAGUACACAGUACAAUAAGAUGAUAAAUAUAUAUUUAAGAGAAAAAAAGACAUAUAUACGAUCAACUCAUGUCACACAUAAAAAGACACAUAAAAAAACGCGAUAGGAUAAAAAUAGAUACGUAACAAAGAAGAUAUCUUGGAAAGUCAAGUAAUAAUAUUUAAUUUUAAGUGUUCUAAUAUUUGAAAAUUAAAUGUGUAUCAAGCGGCAUUAGUGGUGCAAGAACGUGGCUAAGUAUCGCAAGUAUCGAUACUGCAUUAAUCAUCAGAAAUUCGUAUCUAACUUGUUGUGAAGAAAAUGUAAUUACUAAAUUUAAGGCGAUAUAUCUUGUUCCAUAUAUUGUGAAAAA